AUGUGCCAUUUGUCAGAUUACCGCGUGGUUCUUGUCGAAACAAUGGGAUAUGAGAAGCAACUGACUAAGGAAUCAAUUACAGAUCAUAAGAAGUCCACUGAAUCGAAAAUGGAUGCAUGGAUUAGCAAGAAACACGUGAAACCUCAUUUUGUAGAAAACAAACAAUUGUCCUUAAAUUUCUGGUGUUUAAAUCCAUCUGUAGUGUUUUCACAGUUAGCAUCAAUGGCGCAUUGUGUAAUCCUGAUGAGUGGUACUCUAUCACCAUUGGAUUCACUUGAAGCUGAACUCAAUGUACAAUUUCCAUUACGUUUAGAAGCAAAUCAUGUCAUUUCGAAUACUCGUCUGUUAGUAACAACAUUAUCACAUGGUCCAAACGGUACACGACUUUGUGCUACCUAUCAGCACCAGAAUACCUAUACAUUUCAAGAUGAAAUUGGUGCAGUUGUUGUCAAUGCAUGCCGUUUAGUACCUGGUGGUGUAUUGUGUUUUCUACCAUCCUAUAGUCUAUUGGAUAAGCUUAUACAAAGAUGGGAGGUUCAACAAAAACGUGAAUUUAACGAUGCGCUUUAUAAAUCCUCCUCACCCAAAAUGGCCUGUGCAGAUAAACAUAUACGAUCACCAUUACAAAGUCUUAAUUCAUCUAUGGAAAAGUAUAGUGAUACAAAUGAUGACAUUACUUCUUCUACCUCUAAUGUUUCUUCUCCAAGACCUAGAAAAGUACUCAGUGGGUCGGAAUGUCUUUUAGGAUCACCUACCCUAAAAGUUAUUAACUUCAGAUAA